AUGCGACAUCGGUAUCAAUCACUAAAAAUGAAGUUUACACAAUCCCUUUUGGUUGUAGCUGCAUGCCAAAUUUUUAUAUCCGCUUCUACUUACGCCAGAGUACUGGAUAAGAACGUAAAAUAUCCAGAUAUAGACUUUUAUUCGUUGAUUGAGGACCAAUUAACCCAUUUAGAGUCUACUUUAGGGAAUAAGUUAUCAAACCGUUUAAUUCAAAUUUUCGAAAAAUACGGAAUGGAUCCCAAUUUACAAUAUAACUCUUUAUUGCAAAUGCUGAGUUUUGUCGAGGAAUUGAACGUUGAUACUGGUAAAAAACUUGCUGGCAACGGUGAGGAGAAGGUCAAUCUUUCUUGGGGUAAGCGGUUGAAGAAGACCCUAUUAUCUGCCGGCAAACACAUCCACUCCAAGGGCCGUAAAUACAUCAAAGGGGCAUUAAAAACUAUCGUUAAAGUUGCACUGAGGGAAUCCUUCAUCCAUUUAUUGCCUCAAUUGGAAAAGAUCAAUGAACACUCCAUUAUGAGUUUGAAAGAGGAAUAUCGUCCCUCUUUCGCUCGAUUUAUUUUCAAUUUAUAUUCCAAAUUGUUCGAUAGAUUUGGUACCGUGCCACCAAAAUCUUUUACUCGCGAAAGUUUUGAGAAAAAGUUUGGUAUGGAAAAGAACAGCGCGUCCCUCAAAGAUUUAGUCGUCACCAGCAAAUAG